AUGUUCAAAAGGCUAAAAGGAUCCAUUGGGAAAAAUGAUGAACCGAAAACACCAAAUUCUGUACCACAAAAUCGCCCAACUUGGAGUGGCUUUUCUACAAUAUCUCCAUUGAAUCCAGAAAUGGAAGAUUCUCAAUUUUGUAUCAAUGAUGACAUUGAAGAAACGCCUAAGAAUUCACCAGCUCGUGUUGUCGUCAGUGAAAGUACUACUGUUGAUCUCGGUAAAUUCAGCCAAUCUUCCUCAUCACUAGUGAAUGAUCAUCUUUCGUUUCAUACCGAUAUUGAAUCAGCAAGUGAAAUAGAUGAUAGUGUAAGUGUUGUGUCUGAGUAUGCAAAUGAAAUUACAAAAGAAAAUUUAUAUGCCGCUUAUAAAAAACUUCACGGUCGCUAUCAUAAACAUAAGUUUAAGUACACUGAAUUAGCGGAUAAAUUCAAACAAACAGUUACCAUACACGAUAAAGAUAAAAUUACCAUGACAAAAGCUCAAGAUAAACUACUUCAAAGGAUUGCAGAGCUUAAAGAACAGUGUACCUUGGAACAAGCUGCCAAGGCCCAUAUGGAAGAUGCAUUAAGAAAUGAUAUAGAAGAAAGAGAUCAUAUUAUAUCUACUCUUAAUACCAAAAUCGAUUUGCUAAGGAAAAAUAGUUCUGACGAGUCUGAAUCAACUUCUAUUUUAUCUGGUGAUUUAUUGGCUAAGUGUGAACGGUUGAAUGAUGAAUUAUCUUCAACAAAAUCAGAAUGUGCAUCACUAGAAAACCAAAUUGAGUUGUUAAAAAAAAGCGAAGAGAUUACUUUGCUUAGUUUAGCCGAAAAUAAAAUGGCAAUCCAUAAAGAACUUGAAACCAAAGAAGACCAAAUAAAAAAAUUAGAGAAAACCAUAAAUGGACUACAAAUGGAAAAUCAAAUAUUAUUAAAAGAAAAAGCUAGUCAUUUGUCUACUAAUUCAUAUCAGAUUAAUAUAAACCAGAAUGUUCAAGAAGAAAUAACUAAGCAACUUAAUGAGCUUGAAGGUGAAAUGUCUUCAGCAUUUGAGUUUAAAGAAAAUGAAGUGAAAGAGCUAAAGAAUCAAUUAAAAGCUUUUGAACAACGUUGUGAAGUACAAGAGCAAAAAAAUAUUUCCAUGGAGGAAGUUUUAAAGAAUAAAGAAAACAAUUAUAAAUCAGUUAUCUCUAAUUUAGAACAGAAUUUAAAUGACAUUAAGAUUUCAUCUUCAAAGAAAAUUGAUACGUUUUUAAAGGAAAUCGGUGAAAAAUCACAAGUAAUUAAAAAUUUAACAGUUAAACUAAAGGAAAUAGAGAAAGUUAAACAAGAUUAUGAAAAAAAUAAAAAUGAAAUACAUGAUUUAAAAAAUCAAAUUCUUCAAUCUAAAAAACUUGUCAAAGAAAAUGAGUUAAUUCGUGUGGAUGAACAGAAUAGAUGUAUAGAAGAAUUAAAACUGAAAUCAGAAGAAAUUUCUCAUUUUAAAAAUAAAUUAGAAUUAUUACAACAUACCAUUAAAGAGAAUGAAAAAAAAAACUUAGAUCUUCAAACUCAUAUUGAUGAAAUAAGUUUUAAAAAUAAAAGCCUUAUGGAAUCUGAAGAAGAAUUAAAGAUGACAAUUUUUAGUUACAAAAAAUCCAAUGAUGAGUUACAAGAUACUAUUAAAUUGUUACAAAAAGAAAAAGAAAUUGUUGUUGAUUCUAUGAAAACAAAAAUGGAUGAAAAUCAAUUAGAAAUUGAGAAAUUAAACAACUUAAAUAAAGAAAUGUUAUGUCAAUUAAAUCAAGAUAAAUUAAUUAAAAUUUCUGAAGAACGCAGUAUCGAGUCUGUAAUUAAAGAUUAUAAUCUUCUUACAGAAGAAAAUGCUUAUUUAAAAAAAGAACGACAAAAAAUGCUCCAGACCUUCCAAGAUAUGCUAAAAAAUAUUAAAGUUGACUUUGGAAAUCUUAAGUCCUUUGCAGAAGAGCAAUUGAAAGAGUGUUCAUUGAUAUUUGUCAAACAUAUAAAACAUUUGAAGGCUGAGUAUUCGUCUAAAAUUAAGUUGUACCAUAAUAAUAUGACUGAAACAAAACGAAAGUUAGAAGUAAUUCAAAAUGCAUAUUUAAUAUUAAAAUCUGACUGUGUUCAAAGUCUAGAUUGUUUUAAAAUUGAAAUUGAAAAAUAUAAUGAAAGUGUAAUGCUUCUAAUAUCUCAAAAUAAUAAUGAACUAGAAAAAAGAAACAUAGAUUUACUUAGACUUCAAGAAGAAAUAGAAAGCUAUAAAAAGAGUGAACACCGCUCAGUGAAAGCAGAAGUGAAGGAAACCAUACAGGAGUUACAAGAAUGCAUAGAAGUACAAAAAAAAACAUUUACAAAUUUACAGAAUGAGUAUUCUAAUUACCAAGUGAGUGAAAAGAAAAAAUGGACAGAUAAGCUAAUAGAAACUGAAAAUAAGUGGUUGGAGAAAAUGGACAACUACAAAAAAAUGAUGGAUACAGAGCACAGAGAAGAAGUAGAAGCUUUAACUAAUGAAUGGACUAAUGAACAAAAACAUAAUGCACUUUCUUUAAUGACUGCUGAUAAUGAAAAUGAAGAGACUCUUGAAAAAAUUAUUCAAGAUGUUGAAACCACUUCACAACGAGAAGAAGCUCUUCAACGUCAAAUAACUAAACUCAAUAAAGAACUCUCUGAAUUAAAAAAAAUGUACAGAAAUGAAAUUCAUAAUAAACAUAGAAAUAAUGAAGGGGACGAUGAUGAUAAUGAAGAUAAUAAUAAAGAUGGAUGUGAAAUGGAAUAUUUAAGAAAUAUUUUAUACGAGUAUAUGAUGGGGAAGCAGCCUAUGGUAUUGGCCAAAGUAUUAGCUGCUAUAGUGAAAUUCGACUCUAACCAGUUGAGUACAAUACUACAAAAAGAAGAACAAAAAGUUUCUUUGUUAAAAACCCUAGGACUGUGA